AAUGAGGUGGGGCUUGCAGCAACGGUCGCGGUGUUCUGUUGAAAUUCCAUUGCCGAACAUUAGCAAGCUAAAAUAACUGGAACUAAGGAUAUAGCUUCCGAAGUGUGGACAACGACCAAUACCACCCAAAUGUGGAUUUAAUUUGGGGAAAACAUGUAAAAAUUCUGGAAUGGGAUUACUCAAGGAUUGCUUUGAUGUGUACUGCAUUUACCUCCGAUUUAGCUGUGGCUACCUCUCAAGCUAGCCGAAUCGGAACAAUCGGCGGAUAACUGGCUAACUAACGUUAAACGUAACUAGCUAGCUAAUUCUUUAACGUCAGGACUAGGACGGAGCACGCUUCAUCGCUAAAAAUACACAAAACGAAUGUUGUUACUGUCAUGGGUCCAGCCGGGUGCCCCCAUGUGAACGGGUUCAAAGUGGAUAACUGGAAACAGAAUCUACGGGUCAUUUACCAAUGCUUUGUGUGGAGUGGGUCUGCCGAAACCAGGAAACGCAAGGCCAAGUCGUGUGUCUGUCACAUGUGCGGUGCCCACCUGAACCGGCUCCACUCCUGCCUCUACUGCGUCUUCUUCGGCUGCUUCACCAAGAAACACAUCCACGAGCACGCCAAAAACAAACGACACAAUCUAGCUAUAGAUCUAUUGUAUGGAGGUAUAUAUUGCUUUGUGUGCCAAGACUACAUAUACGACAAAGAUAUGGAACAGAUUGCCAAAGAGGAACAAAGGAAAGCGUGGAAAUUGCAAGGUGUAGGGGAGAAGUAUUCGACGUGGGAGCCCACCAAACGAGAGCUGGAGCUGCUGCGGCACAAUCCAAAGCGUCGGAAAAUGACGACAAACUGCACCAUUGGUCUUCGAGGUCUGAUCAACCUGGGCAACACGUGUUUUAUGAACUGUAUCGUCCAGGCCCUCACCCAUACACCCCUGCUGCGGGACUUCUUCCUGUCCGACAGACACAAGUGUGAAAUGCAGUCCAACUCCUGUCUGGUGUGUGAGAUGUCACAGCUCUUUCAGGAGUUCUACUCGGGCCACCGUUCACCCCACAUUCCCUUCCGACUGCUGCACCUGGUGUGGACUCACGCGCGCCACCUAGCAGGAUACGAGCAGCAGGAUGCCCACGAGUUCCUCAUCGCUGCCCUGGACGUGUUGCACCGCCAUUGCAAAGGAGAUGAUAACGGGAAGAAGGCCAACAACCCCAAUAACUGCAACUGCAUCAUCGACCAAAUCUUCACUGGGGGUCUGCAGUCUGACGUCACCUGUCAAGUCUGCCAUGGUGUUUCCACGACGAUAGACCCGUUCUGGGACAUCAGUCUGGACCUGCCGGGGUCGUCCACGCCCUUCUGGCCCCUCAGCCCCGGGGGAGACGGCAGCACACUCAACGGAGAGAGCCACCUCUCAGGGGCCACCACACUCACAGACUGUCUACGCAGGUAUCUCAUCACUCUACCCCUCUCUCAGGGGGCCACCACACUCACAGACUGUCUACGCAGGUAUCUCAUCACUCUACCCCUCUCUCAGGGGGCCACCACACUCACAGACUGUCUACGCAGGUAUCUCAUCACUCUACCCCUCUCUCAGGGGGCCACCACACUCACAGACUGUCUACGCAGGUUUACCCGACCAGAACACUUAGGGAGCGGCGCCAAGAUUAAGUGUAGUGGUUGCCAUAGUUACCAAGAGUCCACCAAACAGCUGACUAUGAAGAAGCUCCCCAUUGUGGCGUGUUUCCACCUCAAAAGGUUUGAACACUCUGCGAAGCUGCGGAGGAAGAUCAUUACGUACGUCUCGUUCCCCUUAGAGCUGGACAUGACUCCCUUCAUGGCCUCCAGUAAAGAGAACAGGAUAAACGGACAGUACCAGCAGUCAGUAGACGUUUUCAACGACAAUAAGUAUUCUCUAUUUGCGGUGGUCAACCACCAGGGUACUCUGGAGAGCGGUCACUACACCACAUUCAUCCGGCAGCACAUGGACCAGUGGUUCAAGUGUGACGAUGCCAUCAUCACCAAGGCCAGCAACAAGGACGUGCUGGACAGUGAAGGGUACCUUUUGUUCUACCAUAAACAGUUUCUGGAGUAUGAAUAGCCAGCUUCCUUCAGCACUGAUGUCAACCGCCACCAAGAGUUGCGCAACAACAAAACGGCAACAUAACACAAGCCUACCUGAAACUCUACAUCAGUGAAGAUUGAAAGCUGUGGGAAUGGAGGCAAAGGAAAACGAAUCCCGCAUCCUUUCUAACUAAAGGACACUCCAAAACCAAUCUGCAUGGAAGCUACUACGUAGGAUCUACUUGAUAGGACGGAAAGGAGGAAGAGGAGGGGGAAGAUUGCCGAAUGGAAAGAGAAACGAGAAGCCUUUGUUGGAAGAUGAGGUGCUUCGCUCUCUCGCUCUCCUCCUCUCGUUUCGGGCAGAUGAAGGAACAGUCCGACAGUGGCCACAAGUCAUAAAAACAGUCAACUUCACGUUGUAUUAUUUUUCUGAAAACCAUAAUUCCACUCCCCCCACACACACACACCCAUCUCCCAAGUGACCAAACAUUUCUGAGGGAAGACAUUUGUUUGUCUAAGUUCAUUAUAUGCAUUGUUGUUGCUCUAAAUGCAAAACAAGCUGAGAAAUUAUAUUAAGAACAUUGCAAACACAAGAAGAGAUGACUAUAAUCGUUGUUUGAACUUUUUAGUUUUGAAAAUACUGUAUGAUGAAUCUAGCGCACAUUUUUUUUCUUUUUUUUACUGAAAAAAGAUGGAGGUAGAGAAAGGGAGGUUGUUGUUCUGUGAAAAGUCCCCCCCCCUCUUUUUUUUUCUUUUUUUUUCUUUCUUUCUUUGAGGGCAGGGAAAAUAUAGAAGUAUAUUUUUGUAAGUCAUUUGAAUCCUUGUUCACAGUUUCCAAUGUCCCCCCCCCCCUCGAACCCCUGUCCUUGUUAUGUUGUGCAGUCAAUCAUGUAUUUUUGAAAAAUGUAUGCUUCUUCUCAUGAGACUGCUGUUGUGGAGCCUUUUUCACAUUUGUUGGUUGGUUUGUUUGUUUGUUUCUUGUGAUGGGAUAAUUAUUUUGUUGCUGACAUGGUUGUGAAGAUGUUUCAGGUGAUGCGUUGUUGUGAAUAACAAAAAGAUGAGAACUAUUCUGACACGGUGUGUAUCCUGCCGCGGCUCGAUCCAACAGUGUUAAACUUUGGCCACAUGUUGCUCUAAUUGUGUGUGUGUGGGUGUACGCACAUGUGUUGUGCGCAUGUUUGUGUACUGAAUCAGUACUUUUUUUUCACAUGUUAAUUAUGUAUGUUAAAGUAUGUAUGUUAAAAAAGAAAACCAAGGUAUAAACUGAGUUCCUUUAUCCAUGUUGCUGGAAAAGGUCAAGGGUUAUUAUGCUAGUCAAAAUACAUCCCCCACACUUUAUCUGCUGCAAGAACUGGACACUGAUGGUGAGACACACACAAUAAAAAUCUAUAUCUAUA